AUGGCUGCUUUCUUCAAUGGAGAAACUGAAAUGAGAGAAACCACUUCCGAUCUUUUAAUGAUGAACAUGAAUCCGUUCUCUUUCCCGACAACGACCAUUAAUGCUCACAACCAUCACUUGUACAACUUGUGCGUCGCGUCCCAACAACAUGGACCGCGAGUGAGCAAAUUAGAUGAAGUUGAUCAUAUCGAACAAGGGAACUCUUCGAUCUCCACGGUUUCAAACGGAGGAGUAACGCAAAGCAUCAGGGUUUUGGCUCCGACCUACUUGAAAGCUGCUCAAGAAUUGCUCGAUGGGAUGGUCAGUGUUGGAAACGGUAUCCGUGGCGCCAAACAAGAGCAACAUAUGAAUAAGGGGUCGGAGAUUUAUGGAUUGUAUAAUAGUUUUGGGGACAUCAACGGUGGCCGUAAACCCGAUGUGGCUGCUUGUCGGCAAGAAUUGCAGAUUAAGAAAGAAAAGCUCAUGUCCAUGAAGGAAAAGGUUGAACAGAGAUACAAGCAAUACCACGACCAAAUGCAUGCUACAAUCUCAUCGUUUGAGCAAGCCGCAGGUUUCGGAUCAGCAAACUCAUACACAAACAUGGCGUUACAAACGAUAUCAAAACAGUUUCGUGCUGUAAAAGACGUGAUAUGUUUGCAAAUCAAACACAUAAACAAGCUGUUGGGUGAAAAAGAAUGUGAAGGAGUAAGGUUAGUUGACGAGCAGCUUAAGCAGUUGGGGAAGAUGCACUAUUCAAAUGCUUGGAGACCGCAACGAGGUUUGCCGGAGACAGCUGUUUCUGCUCUGCGGGCUUGGCUCUUUCAACAUUUUCUUCAUCCUUAUCCAAGGGAUUUGGAUAAGGAAAUGCUUGCCAAACAGACUGGCCUUACUAAGAGCCAAGUGUCAAAUUGGUUCAUAAAUGCUCGAGUUCGAGUGUGGAAGCCAAUGGUGGAGGAGAUGUAUAGGGAAGAAAUGAAUAUUGAAGAAAGCAGAAGAGGAGUUGACCUCACUGAACACAGAAACAAAGGUUCAUCUUCUAAGCAACUUUACAAUAAUACAAUUUCAGAUGAAUCUUCAAACUUGAUCUUACCCGCUUUUCAUCAAGGAUUCAUUGAAAAUGAACUCCCUACGCAAACCUCAUCUUCAAGUUACAGCACAGUGACGUUCAGGAAGCAACACGUGAAUCAAGCUAACUUAAUCCAUUUCAAUGGAGGGUUCGAAAACUAUCACACAAUGACUGGAAACGCCGUCUCUCUUUCUCUUGGCCUGCCAUAUUCUUGCGACCAAACCUUCAACAACAUUCAGUUUGUGUCGACAAGUCAUGGAACCGAUAUCUCCGGAAUAUACCCCUCUUCAACCUACCAAAUCAUGGAUUAG